ACGGUCCAGCAUAGUUUGUUAUCUUCUCAACCUGAACAAACCUAAUGGCGGCCACCGCUGCCGCUGCAUCACCCUUGACGCCAUUGCCGCCUUUCUUCCAACGCCCAUCUUUUCCUCGCUUCCACGUCACCAACCUUUUUCUCAGAAACCCUAACCCCACGUCCUCCUCCACCUCAAUAAUCGUAUCGGGACCUCGGGACAAUCGCCAGCCAAUACGCCGAGGCCGGACGCUAAGCACCGAAGCCAUUCUCACCGUCCAAGCCCUCAAACGUGCGCGCAAUGAUGAGGCGGCCGUCGAACGCAUCGUCUCCACCUCCGUGGCUCGCCUCAUCAGGGCCGACCUCCUUGCCGCCCUUACCGAGCUCCAGAGGCAGGAUCAGUGGCAGCUGGCCCUCAAACUAUUUGAGGUCGCGCGUCGGGAAAACUGGUAUAGGACUGACUGCGCGCUCUACGCCGACAUGGUUUCGUCUCUGACGAGGAGCAAAAGGGAUUCUGAGAUUGAUAUCCUAAUGGUGGAGCUCAUGGAAGAGUUACAAAUGGGUGGGGGUGCUCUGUCUGGAGAUCUCCGCGGUCCCGCUCGGCUCGUGAAGGCGCUGGUUGCGGCAGGAAAGGGGAAGGCAGUGAAGGACGUGUAUGAGAUGAUGAAGAGAGGAGGUUGCGAGCCGAAUGAGUACUUGUUUAAGUUUAUGAUAAAGGGGUUGAGGGGAUUAGGGGAGGAGGAUGCGGCUUGCGAGAUAGAGAAGGAUUAUGAACUUUGGGGUUUUGGCGGUUUUGGUGCAGAACCGCUAGCUAUUUUAUGAACUGCUAAGGGGAAACAAGAGGGUACUGCAAUAUCUAGCUAUGGGUUGGCUGUGAAGCUUCAAGAAAAGCCUCCGCCCAGCAGUUCUGUCAUUCUAACGAUUGUGCAUGUGGAUCUUACAUUGUAGAUAGAUGCAACUGGUAGAAGGGCCAGGAAGUGGCCCUUGGGCGUCCAUUUGAGGAGCAAUUCUUCAGUUGAUCAUAGUUCAUUCAGACCCCCAGUUGCCGACGUGGCGCACCUAUUGAAAUGUCGACAUGGCAUCACCAUUUAAACCUUUGUAAAGGUCGAAUGGCGGAGUCGACGUUUCAAUUUUCAAGUUACAGUAAACUUUCGAACUUUCAAGCAUUCACUCCGGAGCAAUUUCAAACAUUCUUCACUCAGUUUCUUCUAGGAUGUCGUCACCCCAACGAAUAAGAUGUAGUCACAGAAGGAGCAAAGAGCAGGAAGAGUGUUGGAAAGUUUAAUUGACUCGAAAAAACUCCAUUGUUGUAAUAUGCACUGAUGCUAUAAAGCUAUGAACCGUUAUAUGCAAUCUGAAAGAUUUUGAGUGACGUUCUGCAUUUUGCUUACCCAUUCAGUUUAACCCCUUAUCCCAAACUUGGUCAGAUAUCCAACAGCUUCUGUAAUUAAUACAUAGUGAAAACUCUCCUCUAAGUUUCUCUUCUUGCUAUAUAUUGCACUCUUUACAA